AUGAGCAGGAAUUCGACCACAGAUCAUUUCGUCAGUGCCGAAUUCGGUCCCAUCAAUGGUGGACGGCCUGUCUACUUGACUUCCAAGUCGCCGUCUGUACCGAAUUUGAAUGAAACGUUCACUGAGGACUUUAAAAAACGCCUAUCUCCCGAGAGAGCCCAAAGUCAGCUAAAUACAACUUCUGUGGCUGAAGAAUCUACAAAUGUAAGUUUGAUCGACUUGUAUGGUGGUGAAGAGGACGAUGACGAAGAAUUGGAACAAGCAGCGAGAAACUCCGACGUGCCUCGCAGUUCAACCAAUUCUGCCUCUGCAGAUAGCCCCAGGAGGCCUAGCGUGGGCAAAGAUCUGUCAGAGUAUGAUCGCUACGGCUUCAAGAAGCACAACGCUCAUGUCUCGCAGGAAGAGUAUCACGAAUGGUGGGACGAAUACUCGCGAUAUUGCAUCCGCCGUAAACGCAAAUGGCAAGAUUUGCUCGAAAAAAGUGGGUUGGGAUCCGACAAUGAUGUUCCAGACCGAUUUCCCCCGAGGAGCGAGAAAUUGAAACGUUACGUGCGCAAAGGUAUCCCAGCCGAAUGGAGGGGACAGGCUUGGUGGCAUUUUGCGCGUGGUCAGGAGAAGCUCAAUAAGAAUAAAGGUCUUUACGACCAGCUUUUGACAAACUUUAAUGAAAGAAAUGACAAAUCCUCUGGUAGAGACCUAGAGGUAAUAGAACGAGAUUUGCAUAGAACUUUCCCCGAGAACAUACAUUUUCAGAGACAACCUACCGACAAUGAAGAACCUCUCAUGAUUCAAUCGUUGCGAAGAGUACUCUUGGCGUUUUCCGUCUAUAAUCCUAAGAUUGGCUACUGUCAGUCCAUGAAUUUUCUUGCGGGCCUAUUGUUACUCUUUCUUGAUGAGGAGAAAACAUUUUGGAUGCUGGUCAUUAUAACUUCUCGGUAUUUGCCUGGAGUUCACAACGUAAAUCUCGAGGGUGUUAACGUCGACCAAGGUGUACUUAUGCUUUGUGUUAAAGAAUACCUCCCCGAAUUUUGGCAUAGAAUUGUCUCCAAACAACAAAGUCGAAACAAUGAAUUUCUCUACAAGCUUCCACCAAUUACGCUGUGUACUGCAAGUUGGUUUAUGAGUUGCUUCGUCGGUAUCGUACCUAUAGAGACUACUCUGCGAAUCUGGGAUUGCUUGUUUUACGAAGAAUCCCACAUACUUUUCAAAGUGUCACUCUCGAUACUGAGAAUUUGCGAACAAGAGCUUGGCAUAGCACGUCAAAAUCACCGUGUUUUGCGAAAUAAAGCCCCUAGUAAAGACGAUGAGGAUAUAGAGAUUUUUCAAGUGCUACAGACGGUUCCUAAGAAGCUAUUGGAUCCUCAAAAUAUUUUUGACCGCAUUAUUUUCAAGAGGCGUAUAUCUCUGAACAACUUAAAUCAAGAAGAGAUUGAUCGAUGCCGCAAGUACGUUACGUCGCAACGUUUGAAACUCAAAAACUACGCUGAUAUAAUGGGUAACAGACCUUCUGCCACUGGCGGCGCCAAAAGAGAUCUCACGAUGGGACCAGAAUUUGUCGAGAAUGCAUUAUCUUCCGAGGUUUACGGUUUCAGAAGAAGCCUUACUGCAGCACACUGGAACAAUAGCAUAAAAGAAAAGGUUCGACAAAUACGAAGAAAAUGA